CUUGCAAGGUGCUGCACAUUAUUAGUAAACAUUGGAACGUUUGUUGAUGGGUAGACAUUUUUAUUUUAUUUUGUUUGUAGAUGUGCAUAAGGGACAUUCACUUUUGAAUUAGGGCUACUUUAGUUCCUGUAAGCUUCAGACGUUUCUAUUUGUGCUUGUCAAUCACAACUAUGACUCUCCGAGCGUGUCCGAGUGCGACACAUGCUUUGUUAGCUAGAAAUCUGAACUGGCGAGCUGCUACUGCCCUAGUCCGGUUACUUGGAAAAAGGUAUUCUGAGAAAAAUAGCCCUUACAGCACUACAGCCGGAAAGGAAUCAGAGAAAGUCGCCGGGCGGACUGUGGUGAAGGAGAGGAGGGGGUCAGUGGUCACGGUGGCGAUCAACCGGCCCGAGGUGCGGAACGCGGUGAACCAGGAGACAGCUGGACGGCUGCUGGACGAGCUCACGGCCUUCGACAGCGACCCAGCCCUGACCGUAGCAGUGCUGCAUGGCAACGGAGGGAAUUUCUGUGCUGGUUACGAUCUGAAAGAGCUGGCCCAUCACACUGCCUCCCUCAAAUUGGAGCAAGAUGUCACCAAAGGUCCUGCUCCUAUGGGUCCCUCCCGACUGGUGUUGUCCAAGCCGUUGAUAGCAGCGGUCAGUGGCUACGCAGUGGCUGGAGGGCUGGAGCUGGCUCUGUUGGCUGACCUGAGAGUGGUGGAGGAGAGCGCUGUCAUGGGGGUGUUCUGUCGCAGAUUUGGCGUCCCCUUGAUUGAUGGGGGUACAGUCCGGCUCCCCCGUCUCAUUGGUCUCUCCCGGGCUAUGGACUUGAUUCUGACUGGAAGACCCAUUGGGGCACAGGAGGCCUUAGCCUUCGGAUUGGCUAACAGAGUGGUACCGGAUGGCCAAGCUCUGCAGGCAGCUCUGGAGCUAGCUGAGCAGAUCAGCACCUUCCCCCAGCAGUGCAUGCGUGCAGACCGCUCCUCUGCCCUCUACAGUGUCUAUGAUGCCCCCUCCUUCAGCUUGGCCUUGCAGUACGAAAUGGACCAUGGAGCGCCAAUCAUCCAGACUGAGUCUGUCGCCGGGGCAACCACGUUCAGCUCAGGGACAGGAAGAGGCGGGAAAUUCUCCUCAAAGCGCUAGUUACACUUUAUUUAGGUAUGCCUAUUUUUUUCACCUUUAUUUAACCAGGUAGGCUAGUUGAGAACAAGUUCUAAUUUGCAACUGCAAUCUGUCCAAAAUAAAGCAUAGCAUUUUGACAUAUAUAACAACACAGAGUUACACAUGGAAUAAACAAAACAUAGUCAGUAAUACAGUAGAAAAAAAAGAAAGAAAAAAGUCUAUAUACAGUGAGUGCAAAUGAGGUAAGAUAAGGGAGUUAAGGCAAUAAAUAGGCCAUGGUGGCGAAGUAAUUACAAUAUAGCAAUUAAACACUGGAAUGGUAGAUGUGCAGAAGAUGAAUGUGCAAGUAGAGAUACUCAGGUGCAAAGGAGCAAGAUAAAUAAAUACAGUUUGGGGAUGAGGUAGUUGGAUGGGCUGUUUACAGAUUGGCUAUGUACAGGUGCAGUGAUCUGUGAGCUGCUCUGACAGCUGGUGCUUAAAGCUGAGGGAGAUAUGAGUCCCCAGCUUCAGUGAUUUUUUGCAGUUUGUUCCAGUCAUUGGCAGCAGAGAACUGGAAGGAAAAAAAGUAUGAAAGUAUGAAUUGGCUUUGGGGGUGACUAGUGAGCCAUACCUGCUGGAGCACGUGCUACGAGUGGGUGCUGCUAUGAUUCUCACCCCCCAAAAAAAAAAAGAUUUAGAUGUAAGUGGCUGUUCCACUGGAUGCCAUAAGGUGUAUGCACCAAUUUUGUAAGUCGCUCUGGAUAAGAGCGUCUGCUAAAUUACUUAAAUGUAAAUGUUAAAUGUGACCAGUGAGCUGAGAUGAGGUGGGGCUUUACCUAGCAGAGACUUGUAGAUGACCUGGAGCCAGUGUGUUUUGCGACGAGAGUGAAGCGAGGGCCAGCCAACGAGAGGUUACAGAUCGCAGUGGUGGGUAGUAUAUGGGGCUUUGGAUGGCACUGUGAUAGACCGCAUCCAAUUUGUUGAGUAGAGUGUUGGAGGCUAUUUUGUAAAUGACAUCGCCAAAGUCGAGGAUCGGUAGGAUGGUCAGGUUUACGAGGGUAUGUUUGGCAGCAUGAGUGAAGGAUGCUUUGUUGCAAAAUAGGAAGCCGAUUCUAGAUUUCAUUUUCGAUUGGAGAUGCUUAAUGUGAGUCUGGAAUUAGAGUUUACAGUCUAACCAGACACCUAGGUAUUUGUAGUUAUCCACAUAUUCUAAGUCAGAGCCGUCCAGAGUAUUGAUGCUGGACGGGUGGGCAGGUGCAGGCAUUGAUCGGUUGAAGAGCAUACAUUUAGUUUUACUUGCAUUUAACAGCAGUUGGAGGCUACGGAAGGAGAGUUGUAAACAUGACUACAUAGUGUAUGACUAUGUACACUACAUGACCAAACGUAUGUGGACACCUGCUCAUCGAACAUCUAAUUCUAAAAUUAUGGGCAUUAAUAUGGAGUUGGUCCCCCCUUUGCUGUUAUAACAGCCUCCACUCUUUUGGGAAUGCUUUCCAUUACAUGUUGGAACAUUGCUGUGGGAACUUGCUUCCAUUCAGGCACGAGCAUUUGUGAGGUCGGCACUGAUGUUGGGCAAUUAGGCCUGGCUCGCAGUCGGCGGUCCAAUUCAUCCCAAAGGUGUUUGAUGUUGAGGUCAGGGCUCUGUGCAGGCCAGUCAAGUUCUUCUACACCGAUCUCGACAAACCUUUCCUGUAUGGACAAUGCUUUGUGCACAGGGGGAUUGUCAUGCUGAAACAGGAAAGGGCUUAUACAGGAAAGGGCUUUGUUCCCACACAGUUAGAAGCAGAAUCGUCUAGAAUGUCAUUGUAUGCUGUCGCGUUAAGAUUUCCCUUCAGUGGAACUAAGGGGUCUAGCCCUAACCAUGAAAAACAGCCCCAGACCAUUAUUCCUCCUCCACCAAACUUUACAGUUGGCACUAUGCAUUGGGGCAGGUAGCAUUCUCCUGGUAUCUGCCAAACCCAGAUUUGGCCAUCGGACUGCCAAAAGGUGAAGCGUGAUUCAUCACUCCAGUUUUCACUGGUCCAGAGUCCAAUGGCUGCGAGCUUUACCCCAUUCCAGCUGACGCGUUGCAUUGCGCAUGGUGAUCUUAGGCUUGUGUGCGGCUGCUUGGCCAUGGAAACCCAUUUCAUUAAGCUCCUGACGAACAGUUAUUGUUCUGACGUUGCUUCCAGAGGCAGUUUGGAACUCGGUAGUGAGUGUUGCAACCGAAGACAGGCGAUUUUUACACACUUCAGCACUCGGCAGUCCCGUUCUGUGAGCUUGUGUGGUCUACCACUUCGCGCCUGAGCCAUUGUUGCUCCUAGAUGUUUCCACCUCACAAUAACAGCACUGUCUUUCGGAUGGGACGUUAUGGUGUCCUGACUCUCUGUGGUCACUAAAGAUCCCGUGGCACUUAUCGUAAGAGUAGGGGUGUUAACCCUGGUGUCCUGACUAAAUUCCCAAUCUGGCCUUCAUACCAUCAUGGCCCCCUGAUCACCCGAGUUUACAAUUGGCUCAUUCAUCCCCCCUCCUCUCCCCUGUAACUAUUCCCCAGGUCGUUGCUGUAAAUGAGAAUGUGUUCUCAGUCAACUUACCUGGUAAAAUAAGGGUUCAAUAAAAAUGAAUUAAAAAAAACUUACAGUUGACCAAGGCAGCUCUAGCAGGGCAAAAAUUUGACGAACUGACCUGUUGGAAAGGUGGCAUCUUAGUUAAAAAAAGGUAACAUUUAAAAAAAAUAUAUAUAAUAAUGACUGUGCCACGUUGAAAGUCACUGAGCUCUUCAGUAAGGCCAUUCUACUGCCAAUGUUUGUUUAUGGAGAUUGCAUGGCUGUGUGCUCGAUUUUAUACACCUGUCAGCAACGGGUGUGGCUAUAAUAGCUGAAUCCACUACUUUUGUAUAUAUAAUGUAUAUGUACGUAGUUUUUUCUUCAUGAUUUAUAAAUGAUACCAGGUCCACUAAAUGGUUUAUAGAUGGUAAACACGUAUACAUGGUUUACUAAUGGUUGGAAAAAACUCAUUCAUAAUGGAUUAUUAGCCGACUGUCCACCUUUUUCCCACCAUUUUGCAUCACACGGUGUCAUACUGGUGUGUCAGAUACAACCUCCGUGGGGCAAAUGACAAAGUCAUACAAACAAUGACAGAACCUCACCAGCUGCUUAUCUGUACUGUAUAUUUCAUUAUGAUCCCCCACAUACCAAAGGUUCUUUAAAGUUAAAUCACUACGCUCGACAAUUGUGGUUGGUAUACCACCCUCAUUUCUAGAGGAAUUAGAGGGAGGGCUAGUAGGGGUAUGGAGGCUGAUUGAAAGAAGCAAAACCUUUGAAAGACAAAGACUGGAAAGCAGCAAUGGCAUCAAAAGCACCAGCACUAUACUGGCAUUGUUUCUGGUUGGAGUUGUACAAUGGUUGUGUGAUGUGUGGGGUCUUGGGUCUACCACCAGACUAUACUGUAGUAAGAUGGUGGUGUGGAUAUUUUUGUGUGGAAAUGCCAUGUUUAGAGGAAUAAUUACUGUGCGAAGAAUGACUGUGAGUGUGUUUAUGCCUGUGUGUAUGUGUGUGUUCCCACAUGUUUAUGUCUGUAUAAUUAGUGUGGAAUAUUUAGCAGUCCAAGUGAACUUGGUGUUAUGAGUGAACAUUCCUCUGGUGGACAGCUCCCCCUCAAUUAUCUGUGUGUGUGUGUGGGUGUUUGUGCGCACAUGCAUAUGUGUGAGAGAUGAUUUAGCUUGGAAGCAGAGAAAGUAGUACCCUAAGGUGUGUGUGUGUGUGUGUGUGUGUGUGUGUGUGUGUGUGUGUGUGUGUGUGUGUGUGUGUGUGUGUGUGUGUGUGUGUGUGUGUGUGUGUGUGUGUGUGUGUGUGUGUGUGUGUGUGUGUGUAUGUGUGUGUGUAUACCCUAUGGUAUAUCCACAUAUAUAUACUGUAUAUCCACAGGUUGCAAUGAGACCAGCCUGUGUAUGAGGGACUCCAAUCUCUCUCCUCAGGUUGUGAGUGUGACCCAUCGUGUGUGUGUUAAUUAGGGUGAGGAGAGGCUCUGUCUAGACGCCAUGAUGACAGGACAAACACCCCCUGUUUAGCCUGUGUGCCCUCCCUCUGCUUCCUCUUGCCUCCUCACCCACGGCCAAUACACCCAGCUAUCACCUGCUCCACACACACACAGACACACAAACACACACAUUGUUAUCUCCUAUUCAAUUUUUGUACCGCUCGAAGUGGACGUUUGAGGUUUAAUAUUCGUCAAUAGCCAGACACUAAUCGUGGCAUGUCUUUACAAUGAUGUAUUUUACUUUCUAAUACAGUAAGAGUGGCAUGCCUAAAUUAGAUGUGAUGAUGUGUAAAUAAAGCUAAUAUUAAGACACUCAA